AUGAUGUUCGCCUCGGUGCAGGGCUCCAGGGGCGGAGGAGGACUUCCGCAGGCCCCGGUGCCCGAGCCGGACCUCAGCCACCUCACGGAGGAGGAGCGGAAGAUCAUCCUGGCGGUGCUGGAGCGGCAGCGGGAGGAGGAGGCGAAGGAGGAAGCCAUGAGCAGGGAGGAGAAGCCGAUCCAGGCUCGGACCGUGAACCUGGUGGGACAGAAGAAGCCUCCGCAGCAGAACGACGUGCGGGGGGUGCAGUCCAGUUACCGGGACUCUGUGAUUCGCCAGGCCUCAGCAGCUGGUCACCGUGACGACGCUCCGACCUGCGGGAUCUGCCAUAAGACCAAGUUCGCCUCGGGCUGCGGCAACCUCUGCUCCUACUGCGGCAGCAAGUUCUGUGCUCGCUGUGGAGGGAGGGUCUCUCUGAGGUCCAACACGGUGAUCUGGGUGUGUAAUAACUGCCGGAAGCAGCAGGACCUCCUCACGCGGCCGGGAGACUGGUUCCUCUCUGAAUCUGCAGGUCUGGGCUCCGCGGUGAGCGAACCGUCCGUCUGUCAGAGGUCCCGGUCCCAGGCCCCUGCUGGCUCCGCCCACACGGCUCCAGGCUCCGCCCCCGCCUCCCUGGACCCCAGCAGAGCGACUCCACCGGGGGGCGCCGUGUUCGACCCGCGGUCCCGGAGCGAACCGCCCACAGAUCCGAGGAACGGCCGCGCCCCCCGUGUGCUUCACUCUCAGGUGUCUGUGGACAGAGACUUGCGCAGAGAUCGCAGAGACAGCAGGAAACUCACCAAAGGACGAUCGCUGGAGCACGACCCGGUGGGAGGGGGCGGGCUCAAGCGCAGCGCCGACCAAUCAGGGCCUGGCGUGGGGCCGAGCGGACACGGGGGCAGAGUCACGCUGCAGUCCAACCCGGAGCUACGAGAAGCCCGCCACGGUCCCGCGGUCCGGCGUUCCAAACGAGAGAAGGCUGAAAGCAUGCUGCGCAACGAUUCGCUCAGCUCCGAUCAAUCAGAAUCACUCAGGCCGCCCCCGCCACGCCCAUAUAAGGCCAAACGAGGAGGAAAGAGGCAAACGAGUAUGAGCAGCUCUGAGGACGAAGGAGGAAGUACACCAGAGUACAGCAGCUGCGAGGAGAUCGACAGUGUGAGCGAGAGAGGGGACUGGGAGUGUUACCCGCAUGACCCCACUGCUUGGCACCACCCGAUGAAUUGGCAGCCGUCUAAAGAAGGAGACCAUCUGAUUGGCCGCAUCACGCUGAGCAAGAGGAGCGCCACUCUGCCCAAAGAGGCGGGCGCUCUGCUGGGGCUCAAGGUGGUGGGGGGCAGAGUAACAGAGAGUGGCAGGCUAGGAGCUUUCAUCACCAAAGUGAAGAAGGGGAGUCUGGCCGACGUGGUGGGACACCUCCGAGCAGGAGACGAGGUCCUGCAGUGGAACGGGAAGCUGCUGCCUGGAGCCACCAUGAAGGAGGUCUACAACAUCAUCCUGGAGUCUCAGGCUGAGCCACAAGUGGAGCUGCUGGUGUCCCGGCCCAUCGGUGAUAUCCCCAGAAUCCCAGACACGUCGCACCCUCCGUUAGAGUCCACCGGCUCCAGUUCUUUCGAGUCCCCGAAGGAAAGACCGACUCUGACAGUGAUGUCACCGUCCAGCCCUGGCCCCCUGCAGGACGCCCCCCAGCUGAUGCCAGGAGAGCUGUCUGUGAAGUUGUGGUACGACAAAGCCGGGCACCAGCUGAUCGUGAACGUCCUUCAGGCCAGAGAUCUGCCUCUGAGACCAGACGGACGACAACGCAGUCCAUACGUUAAGAUGUACUUCCUCCCUGACAGAAGUGAUAAGAGUAAGCGUAGGACCAAAGCCGUGAAGAAGACGCUGGAGCCGAAGUGGAACCAGACGUUUGUUUACUCCCACAUCCACAGACGAGACUUCAGGAACCACAUGUUGGAACUGACUCUGUGGGACCAGCCCCGCUCCCCACAGGAGGACAGCGACUUCAUGGGGGAGGUGAGGGGGGAGAGACUUCAUGAGGGAGGUGAGGCGGGAGAGAGACUUCAUGGGGGAGGUGAGGGGGGAGAGACUUCAUGA